AUGAUUUUUUUUAGCUCGAGUAUUUUUCUGUGGGGAAAAAAAUUAGAAGCGAAUGCGAACGCUUUUAAUAACGCUAUUGUUUCGAAGGACUCGAAUGAGUUUACAACUCUUGCAAUUUUGAAAAACAUAUGCUAUGUAAAAAAAACCAAAAAAAACUCUUGUUUUAUGAAGGUAGCUCACCUCUAUUUAUUUUUUCUGAGCAAGACGACGAGCAGCUUUAGCUUACGGAAAGCGGCCAUCCCGCUCCCAUUUCAAAUCCAAGGGCGAGUGCCACCUUGUGAUUGGGUAGAAGUUUCAGCUGAUCCUCAAAGUGGUGUUCGCUCCCUACUGGCAGAAUACACGCGUAGCAGAUCGUGAUGUGGUGUUGUUGUUGG